AUGGCCGACGGACGUGCGCGGCCGCUGGUGUGUGGGGGCGACGAGCCGGCGCCCCCGUUCCCUACGUUUCUGUGUGGAAUCGUCGAGCAUGGCUUCGGGCGCGGCAGCAAGCAGCUGAACUGCGCGACGGCGAACCUGCCGACGUCGGCCCUCGAGGCGGCGCCGGCGGGCCACCGCCUGACCGACACGGGCGUGUACUUUGGGUGGGCGCAGGUGCGCGUGCGCGGCGAUGCGUCGUUCCAUGCCGAGGACAGCGCCGUGCACCCCAUGGUCAUGAGCAUCGGAUGGAACCCGCAGUUUGAGAACCCGACGCAGUCCGUCGAGGUGCACAUCCUGCACGACUUUGCGCACGACUUUUACGGGCGCGAGAUGCGCGUGUGCGUGCUGGGGUACAUCCGUCCGGAGCGCAAGUACGAGAGCCUCGACGCCCUCAUGCAGGACAUUGAGACGGACAAGCAGGUUGGGCAGCGGUCCGUCGCGCGCCCCGCGUACGAGGCGCUGCGGCACGCGCCCGAGUUUGCCAUCACAUAG